GGGCGUCUUGAGAGUAUGACGGGGCUGUACGAGCUGGUGUGGCGGGUGCUGCACGCGCUCCUCUGUCUGCACCGCACGCUCACCUCCUGGCUCCGCGUUCGGUUCGGCACCUGGAACUGGAUCUGGCGGCGUUGUUGCCGUGCCGCCUCCGCCGCGGUCCUAGCGCCGCUCGGCUUCACGCUCCGCAAGCCCCCGGCUGCCGGCAGGAAUCACCGGCACCACCGGCACCCGCGCAGGGGACCGGGCCCGGCCGCCGCCCAUCCCCGGUUGCGCUGGCGCGCGGACGGCCGUUCCCUGGAGAAGCUGCCGGUGCACAUGGGCCUGGUGAUCACCGAGGAGGAGCAGGAGCCCAGCUUCUCGGAUAUCGCAAGCCUGGUGGUGUGGUGUAUGGCCGUGGGCAUCUCCUACAUUAGCGUCUACGACCACCAAGGCAUUUUCAAAAGAAAUAAUUCCAGAUUAAUGGAUGAAAUUUUAAAACAGCAGCAGGAACUUCUGGGCUUAGAUUGUUCCAAAUAUUCACCAGAGUUUGCAAAUAGUAAUGACAAAGAUGAUCAAGUUUUAAAUUGCCAAUCAGCAGUGAAGGUGCUGUCCCCAGAAGAUGGAAAAGCAGAUAUUGUGAGAGCCGCGCAGGACUUUUGCCAGUUAGUAGCCCAGCAGCAAAAGAGACCUACAGAUUUGGAUGUAGAUAUGUUAGACAGUUUACUUAGUUCAAAUGGUUUCCCUGAUCCUGAUUUAGUAUUGAAGUUUGGUCCUGUGGACAGCACAUUAGGCUUUCUUCCCUGGCACAUCAGACUGACUGAGAUUGUCUCUUUGCCUUCCCACCUAAACAUCAGUUAUGAGGACUUUUUCUCUGCUCUUCGUCAAUAUGCAGCCUGCGAACAGCGUCUGGGAAAGUAGUUAUCCCUGGUUGUGUAAUUUGAUUUCAGGCUUUUGGAGAAAAGGACCUAAAUGACUCUGAUGUUUACAAAGCACCUAUGAAACCCCGUACACACCCAGUCCGUAACCCUCAUAAUUUAUCAACAAACACAAAAAAGUGUCUUACUUGAGAGUGAGUGAGCGAGUGUGUGUGUGUGUGUAUGCGUGCACAAUGCACGCACAUGUGUAUGUAUGAAAAUAAACUUAUUAAUGAGGGAAGUAUUGGAGAAGGAAAUGCAUAGACCUGCAACUUUGGGCAAAUAGCAGUAAUGUUUAGGAUUUCAAAUUUCAAACUUCAAAGGCUUCAGCCCCAGCUACUUCCCUGUUUUUGUGGGGAGAGGAUGGGGUGGUUAGUGCUGUUUGGUGGUGGUUUUGGGGGGAGGGGAAUAAUUUUCAGUCUUUCCUAGUGACCAAACUUUUCAUUUUUAGGAAUAAUAUGUUGACUUUAUUAAUUGGAAGCGUAAUGAGUAUUAGGAAUCUCCAAAGGAGUGAAGUCCUGUAUUGCUCACAUGUUAAAAACUUGUAAACCUUCGGAGCAGAGGGAAUGCCUAUCUUCAGAUAUCUGUCCGUUUCCAUUUCGUUUUAUUAUGGUCAAACAAUAUGACUUGAGAGUACUGCUCUGGUGUCUAUGUUCUAGGUUGUGAAGAUAAUUUUAAAGAGUGGUCUUAUAAUACUGAAAUACGUAUUUUAAAAAAACUGAAAUAUUGAAUUCAACAGUCAAAAAAAGGUGAAUAGCUGUAAUUUUAAAACUAAAGGUGGAAAAUUUGCUAAAAUGGGAAAAAAAUUUUGAUUUCCUGUUUUGUUUUGUUGGUGGGCAAUGUGCUAGAUAGUACCCAAACAUGAUUUGAAGAGUAUUUUCAUUAACUAUUUUUAUUUAAGAUCAGCAUUUGUUGGAAGUUAUCAAGUCAGCUCUUUUCCUGAAACGUCACCUGUUCCUCCUUGGAAUGGCACAUUUUAGGGCCAUGUUAUACCCGAGAUUUUUACUCAGUAAAUCCUGAUGGUAACUUUUUUUAAAAAGUUCUCUAAAUAGGAUUGAGGCUUGUGUAGGGAGUAAAAUAUUACCAAAACCUACAAAAAUCGUUUAAUUUUGUGUGUUCUCUUUUGUGAUAGAGAACAUCACUUUCUGUAAUUGUUAAAAAUCAAUAAAUGAUUUUUUCACAGGUGUUUAAUAUUUCUUCCCUCACUGCUUAUCCUUGCACAGAAGCCAUUCUUUAUAUUUGAUGGACUAUUUUGAGAAAACCCCCCUAUCAGCAAGUGUACAAUAGUUGUAAACUUGUACAUUUAAAAUAGAAUAGCUUAAAUUCUAGGUCUCAGAAGUCUGCAAAAUAGCAAAGACGACUGGAUUUGGAAAGCACGAUCGGGAAUCUUGUCGAAUUCUGAAGCUAAGAGGAGUAAAUGUGUUUUGACUUUGGAUUACAAAACUCCAUUUAUGAUUUUCCAAAUACAUUUGAAAUAAAAAUGAUUAAAUUAAAUUUUGGUCCAGUGAUAUUACUUUCCAUUCAGUCCUUUCACAGUCCUUUGUCCAUUGUAAGAUUUUUCUUAAAGUCUUAAUUUAUUGCUAAAUAUCUUGUGUAAAGCUACAGCAUAUCUCUAAACUUUACCAGGAAAUUUUCAGCUUGUUUCCCUGUACUGUGAUCCAUGUUCUGUUGAGGCUUUUUUUUGGCCUUAGUUUAAGACUGAAUUUAUGCCUCUUAUAAAUAUGGUAGAUAAAAAUGUCUUAUAAAUACUCUGGAAUAUGUACAACUUCGAUGAAUUAAAUUUAACAGGCCAUACUGAAGUGAAGGGAUUUAAUAUUUCUUGCAAUGAAGUUAGUGAAAUAAAUUACGCACGAGGAUAUAGCCCAGGUUUGCUAAAGGUUUAAUCUUUGAGUCUUUGUUCUUUUUCUCCUAUUUUGUAAUAAUGUAGUUUUACACAUCAAAAUAAAUCUAUAAGUUCUGACCUAAGCAUGUAAUAUUCUUAGGCAGAGACCCUUAAAACCAUUUGCAAAGGUUUCUGAGUUCAGACAUAGGCAUUCCAGAUCUUCUCACGGGCUCAGCUGCUGGUACGAUCUCCCCAACUUUGAUGGUGUUGGUCGUUAAGGAUUGUCUGUCGGCAGUUCCUACCAGAGUCGUCACAAGGUAUGCAUCAUCGGGGCUCUCUGAACUCUCAAGACAAAUGGAUCAUUUUAAAGAAAAGUGUUGUUAGUCUUCAUGGUUUUUGAAAGUUAGUGUCUUUAAGUUGUUUUUUUCUUGACACUGCACACAGUGGCAGUUACCAAAUUAAACCUACUUUAAUGGAUGGCAGCUAUUUGGAACAUAGCAAGAAUUUGGAGGGUUUGAAAUCCAUUCCCAAGUCUGAUUGUGUUUUUUAUUUCUUAAAACUAAUUACUCUUUCAAAGUUCAAAAGCUGGUUUUUGAUGUGAAUAACAAAUUCCAACAUAUUGGGACUAAGGCUUAUGAGUGCCUUUCUCUGGAAGGAAGAUGUUACAGUAUCAGUGAACAGUGCCAAAUACACUGUGCAUAUCUACAAUUUAAUCUUUGAAUGUAUGUUACUUGACUAGCUCCCUCUUGUUUGUGAUGGAACCAUGCAUAAAAAAAAAAAAUCAGUUAAAUUCUUGUGAUGUUUUGUAUGACUGUAGACUUUGGCAACAUGUAAAUAAUGUGUAAAGCAAGUUUUUAUGAUUAAGGAAUCAAAUUUAUUGACUUUUAUUAUUGAAAGUUAAAAACUUCACAUAUAUGAACAAACAAUAAAAAAUAUAAUCUUUUCAUGGACUGUAGUGGUAUGUGAAUGUUGCCUUUAUUCUGAACAUUUGGAGGCUGAAGCAAUGUAAUGAAAAACUCAUGACUAGAUAGCGAUACUAUUUUUUUAAUGGUAUGCCCUUGAUUGAAGUAGAUUUUCAUUUUUACCAGGUUAGACAUAUUUGAAAUUUUUGCUCUUUGUUUUUUGCUAGAUAAUGGCAAGAGAAAAUUUGGCUUUGUCAUUUUUAGAAUUAGUAAAAUUCUACAGUAAUUGAAACCUGAAUUAACUGAGUAUGGAAUUGCCAAAAAAAUAAAAAGUUUUAUGUGUACCCUUUUAAAAAGAAAUUUGGCAGUUUUUGUCAAAUCAGGAAAUAGUAAGACCUAUGAUUUGUUUUAGGCUACAUAGUCACUUUCCAAGGAUCUAAUAAUGAGACAGUUUACUUUUUGUGCAUAAUUUUCAUCUAAAGCUAAGUUUAUCAAAGGUCACACUUUAACUUUGGUUAAUAGGAAAUACCUUUAACAAAAUUAUUACAGAAAAAGUUUAGAGUAAUUGAAAUAAAACCCAAGGAAUAAGAUUAGCAUCAACAAUUGUCUAAGAUCCUAGCUGAUAGGCCGUAAACUGUUAUAUAAUUGAUGGAAAGGGUGUGUAAUAAUUUAUUUAACAUUAAGAAAAAUACAAUUCAUUGUAGAAAAAUUAAAGAUGUCAGAGAAGCAAAAAGAAAGGAAAAUCGUUUUUAGUACAAUUACCCAAUCAACAUUUUGGUACCAAUCCUUUAAGAUUUUUUUUGUACUUAUAUUUAAAAAAUGAAUACUGUAAAAGGUUUAAUAAAAAGUUUUUUUUUAAAUUAUGAACUAGAAUUGAGUCUCGUAUUCUGUUUUGUAUUCUUUUACCUGCUUAUAAACAAAUUAGCAUAUGAAAUGUAAAUGUUUGGAAAAAUAUAAUAUUCGGUUAUCCUUAAUGAAUAUUUAACCUUGGUUCAAGUUCUGCAAGUAAUUUGAUGCUUACAUAUCUUCCAUCUGUCUUUUCUUUUUUAAGUUUUAUUGUGCUUUAAGUGAAAGUUUACAAACCAAGUCAGUCUCAUACAGAAAUUUAUAUACAGCUUGCUAUAUAUUCCUUAUUGCUCUCCCCCUAAUGAGACAGCAUGCUCCUUCCCUCCACUCUCUUUUCGGGUCCAUUCGGCCAGGUCCUGACCCCCUCCCAUUUCCCCUCCAGACAGGAGAUGCCGACAUAAUCUUGUGUGUCUACUUGAUUCAAGAAGCUCACUCUUCACCAGUAUCAUUUUCUAUCCUAUUGUCCAGUCCAACCCCUGUCUGAAGAGUUGGCUUUGGGAAUGGUUCCUGUCUUGGGCUAACAGAAGGUCUGGGGACCAUGACCUCUGGGGUCCUUCUAGUCUCAGUCAGACCAUUAAGUCUGGUCUUUUUAUGAGAAUUUGGGGUCUGCAUCCCACUGCUGUCCUGCUCCCUCAGGGGUUCUCUCUUGUGUUCCCUGUCAGGACAGUCAUUUGUAGCCUGGCACCAGCUAGUUCUGGUCUCAGGCUGAUGUAGUCUCUGGUUUUUGUGGCCCUUUCUGUCUUUUGGGCUCAUAAUUACCUUGUAUCUUUGGUAUUCUUCAUUCUCCUUUGCUCUAGGUGGGUUGAGACCAAUUGAUGCGUCUUAGGUGGCCGCUUGCUAGUGUUUAAGACCCCAGAUGCCACUCUCCAAAGUGGGACGCAGAAUGUUUUCUUUAUGGAUUUUAUUAUGCCAGUUGACUUAGAUGUUCCCUGAAACCAUUGUCCCCAAAGCUCCGUCCCCUGCUAUGCUGACCUUCAAAGCAUUCAGUUUAUUCAGGAAACUGCUUUUGGUUUAGUCCAGUUGUGCUGACCUCUCCUGUAUUGUGUGUUGUCUUUCCCUUCACCUAAAAUAGUUCUUAUCUACUCUCUAUUUAGUGAAAAUCCCUCUCCCUCCUUCCCUCCCUCCCUCUCCCCUCUCAUAACCAUCAAAGAAUAUUUUCUUCUCUGUUUAUACUAUUUUUCGAGUUCUUAUAAUAGUGGUCUUACACAAUAUUUGUCCUUCUGCAACUGACUAAUUUCACUCAGCAUAAUGCCUUGCAGAUUCCUCCGUGUUAUGAAACGUUUCAUGGAUUGAUCAUUGUUCUUUAUCAAUGUGUAGUAUUGUGUGAAUAUACCAUAAUUUAUUUAUCCAUGCAUCCAUUGAUGGGCACCUUGGUUGCUUCCAUCUAUUUGCUAUUGUAAACGUUGCUGCAGUGGACAUGGGUGUGCAUAUACCUAUUCGUAUAAAGGCUCUUAUUUCCCUAGGAUAUAUUUCAAGGAGUGGGAUUGCUGGGUUGUAUGUUAGUUCUAUUUCUUGCUUUUUAAGAGAGUGCCAAGUCGAUUUCCAAAGUGGUUGUACCAUUUUACAUUGCUACCAGCAGUGUGUAAGUGUUCCAGUCUCUCCACAACCUCUCCAGCAUUUAUUAUUUUGUGUUUUUUGGAUUAAUGCCAGCCUUGUUGGAGUGAGAUGAAAUCUCAUUGUAGUUUUGAUUUGCAUUUCUCUAAUGGCUAAUGAUCAUGAGCAUUUCCUCAUGUAUCUGUUAGCUAUGUCUUCUUUAGUGAAGUGCGUGUUCAUAUCCUUUGCCCAUUUUUUAAUUGGGUUAUUUGUCUUUUUGUAGUUGAGUUUUUGCAGUAUCAUGUAGAUUUUAGAGAUCAGAUGCUGAUCAGAAGUGUCAUAGCUGAAAACUUUUUCCCAGUCUGUAGGUAAUCUUUUUACUCUUUUGGUGAAUUCUUUGGAUGAGAAUAGUUGUUUGAUGUUUAGGAGCUCCCAGUUAUCUAGUUUUUCUUCUACAUUGUUAGUAAUGUUUUGUAUACUGUUUAUGCCAUGUAUUAGGGCUCCUAGCAUUGUCCCUGUUUUUUCUUCCAUGAUCUUUAUCGUUUCAGGUUUUAUAUUUAGGUCUUUGAUCCAUUUUGAUUUAGUUUUUGUGCAUGGUGUGAGGUAUGGGUCUUGUUUCAUUUUUUUGCAGAUGGAUAUCCAGUUAUGCCAGCACCAUUUGUUAAAAAGAGUGUCUUUUCCCCAUUUAACUAAUUUUGGGCCUUUGUCAAUUAUCAGCUGCUCUGGAUUCUCAAUUCUGUUCCAUUGGUCUAUGCAUCUGUUGUUGUACCAGUACUAGGCUGUUUUGACUACUGUUUUAAAAUCAGGUAGAGUGAGGCCUCCCACUUUGUUUUUUUCCAGUAGUGCUUUCUUAUCUGGGGCCUCUUUCUCUUCCAUAAGAAGUGGGUGAUUUGUUUCUCCAUCUUAUUAGAAAAUGUUGUUGGAAUUUGGAUUGCAAUUGCAUUGUAUCUCUAGAUGGCUUUUGGUAGAGUAGACAUUUUUACAAUGUUAAGUCUUCCUAUCCAUGAGCAAGGUAUGUUUUUCCACUUAUGUAGGUCUUUUUUUGUGUGUGUGUGUGGAAACCCUGGCGGUGUAGUGGUUAAGUGCUACGGCUGCUAACCAAAGGGUCAGCAGUUGAGAUCCACCAGGUGCUCCUUGGAAACUCUAUGGGGCAGUUCUACUCUGGCCUUUGGGGUCGCUAUGAGUCGGAAUCGACUCGAAGGCACUGGGUUUGGUUUUGUUUUGUUUUUUUUUUUUGGUUUCUUGCAGUUUUCUUUGUAUAGGUCUUUCACAUAUCUGAUAAGAUUUAUUCCUAAGUAUUUUAUCUUCUUGGGGGCUACUGUAAAUGGUAUUGAUUUGGCGAUUUCCCCUUUGAUGUUCUUUUUGUUGGUGUGGAGGAAUCCAACUGAUUUUUGUAUGUUUAUCUCGUAUUGGGAAACUCUGCUGAAUUCUCCUAUUACUUUCAGUAGUUUUCUUGAGGAUUCUUUAGGGUUUUCUGUGUAUAAGAUCAUGUCAUCUGCAAAUAGAGAUACUUUUACUUCUUCUUACCAAUAUGGAUGCCCUUUAUUUCUUUAUCUAGCCUAGUUGCUCUGGCCAGAACCUUCAGCACAAUGUUGAAUAAGAGUGGUGAUAAAGGACAUUGUUGUCUGAUUCCUGAUCUCAAGGGGAAUGCUUUCAGACCCUCUCCAUUUAGGAUGAUGUUGGCUGUUGCCUUUGUAUAAAUGCCCUUUAUUAUAUUGAGGAAUUUUCCUUCUAUUCCUAUUUUGCUGAGAGUUUUUAUCAUGAAUGAGUAUUGAACUUUGUCAAAUGCCUUUUCUCCAUCAAUUGAUAAAAUCAUGUGGUUCUUGUCUUAUAUGAUGGAUUACAUUGAUGGUUUUUCUAAUGUUGAACCAUCCCUGCAUACCUGUAUGAAUCCCACUUGGUCAUCCUUCCAUCUAUCUUGUAGAGAUUCAAGGACUAUAAAUUAAUUUACCAUGACUCGCAUCGAGAUGAUUAUAAAAAAAAAAUUAGAUGUAGUUCCAGUCCAAACUAUUUGCAUUGUCUGCUGUUGACCAUAGUACCCUCCAUUGGUGCUAAUAAUUUAAAAUGCUGCUAUGAGGACAAGAAAAAUGCAUUGUUUGACUUGGAGAAGGAACGGAAAAAAAAAAACCAAACCCCGUUGCCGUUGAGUUGAUUCUGACUCAUAGUGACUCUGUCCCAUAUGGUUUCCAAGGAGUGCCUGGUGGAUUUGAACUGCCAGCCUUUUGGUUAGCAGCCGUAGCUCUUAACUACUGCGCCACCAGGGUUUCCUGGAGAAGGAAAGCCUGAGCAAAAUGGAAAAAAUAAUAGGAGUAAGUGCUUACAGCAUAGUUGUAUACUUGUCUAUUUAAUAUUUUCAUUACAAUGAAGACUGAUUUCUACUCCUGUAUCUUUUAUGUAUUUGGUUCUGUGACCCCUUCAUUAUUAAAUUUGUAGUUUGUAGUGUUAUUCCUUAGUAACAGCUGUGCAUAUUAAAUUUCUUAUUUUUACAUUUAAUCAAGAAGUAUAAGGGUAAUGGUAAUAGUAGCCAGCUGUUUUCUCCAGAGAGGAACCUUUGUCCUAAUUAGGUGUUGCGUAAUUUGAAAUAAAAUGGGACAUCAAGAAAAAUGUGGAAGCAACUUACCUGGAGAUGUUUGAUAGCAUUUGUCUAGUGCUGUGGUUCUCGUCCGGGAGUGACUUUGCCGCAUGGUGCACAUUUGACAAUGUCUGGAGGCAUUUUUGAUUGUCGCAGCUGGGUGGGGGUGAAUACUACUGGCAUCUAGUGGGAAGAGGCCAGGAAUGCUGCUAAAUGUCGUACAACUAACAGGACAGCACUGAAAGCAACCAAGUAUCUGGCCCCAAAUGUCAGUAGUACUGAGGCUGAGAAUCUGGUCUAGCAUGCGAUUUUCAUCACUUUGUCACUGUGCUUUUAUUUGGGAUGUAGGUGGUGGUAAUAGAUGUUGCCUUAGGGAAACUUUAAAAAACAAGUUUGUUAAGAUCUGUAGAUCCUAGUUUGGAGAUGAAAUAAAUUAUUGUUUUAGAUAUGCAUGUUUUAAUUAUAUUACAUGAAAUGAUAAAAUUUUUCCCAUUCAUGAGAGUAGUUUUAGGUUUACACAAUAGUUGAAAUUACAAAAAAUUCCCAAAUACUUCCUCUCCUCUUGCCCACAAUUUCCCGUUAUUCACGUCUUGUGUUAAUGUAUUUGUUACAAUUCAUGAAUCAAUAUCAGAAAAUUACUAGUUUAAGUCUAUAGUUUAUAUUAGGGUUAACUGUGUUGUACAGUCCUAUGGUUUUUGACAAAUGCAUAAUGUCAUAUGUUCACCAUUACAGUACCAUACAGAAUAGUUUUACUGCCCUAAAAAUCCCCUAUGUGCCAUCUGUUCGUCCCUUUCUGUCUACCACCAUCCCCUCAAGCCACUGACAACUAGUGAUCUUUUUAGUAGCUGUAUAGUUUUGCCUUUAACAGAAUGUCAUAUGGUUGGAAGCAUACAAUGCCUUUUCAGACUGACUUCUUUGACUUUGCAAUGUGCAUUUAAAGUUUGUCCAUGCCUUCCUGGCUUGAUAGCUUAUUUGGUUUUAUUGCUGAAUAAGAUUAUGUUGUAUGGAUCUAACAAUUUGUUUAUCCAUUCACCUAUUGAAGGGCCUCAUGGUUGCUUCUGGUGUUUUUGUAAUGAAUAAAGAUAAUAUAAACAUUGAUGUGCAGGUUUGUGUGUGGACGUAGUUUUCAAGUUAUGAGUAGAUGCCUAGAAGCAUGGUUGCUGGACUAUACAGGACUGUUUAGCUUGUAAGAAACUGCCAGACUGUCUUCCAAAGUGGCUGCCAUUUUGCAGCCCUGCCAGCAAGGAUGAGAGUUUCGGUGGCUUUGCAUGCUUGCCAGCAUUUGGUAUCAGCAUUUUGGAUUCUACCCAUUUACCUUUUUUCAAUUUUUGCAAUUCUCUAAUGGCAUUAUGUUGAGCAUCUUUUCAUAUGUUUGUCAUCGGUAUAUAUUCUCUAAUGAGGCAAUCUGUACCGAUCUUUUGCCCAUUUUUUAAUUGAUUUCUUGUUGAAUUUUAAGAAGUUUUUGUUGUUUUUUUAAAUAUACUUCAGAUACAAGCCCUUUAACAGAUGUGUGAUUUACAGUAUUUUCUCCCAAUCUGUGACUUUGCUUUUCAUUCUUUUAACAGUGGUCUUUUACAGAGCAUAAUGUUUUAAUUUUAAGAAAGUUCGUCUCACAAUUUUUUCCUUUCAUGGAUUGUGCUUUUGGUGUUGUAUCUAAUAACUCAUUGCCAAACCUAAGGUCACCUAGAUUUUCUAUGUUAUGCAAGUUAUUGUAUAGUUGAUUUUUUAACAUUUAGGUCUAUGAUCCAUUUCGAAUUAAUUUUUGCAGAAUAUGUAAGGCCUGUGUCUCGAUUGAUUAUUUUGCAUGUGGAUGUCCAGUUGCUUGAGUACCGUUUGUUGAAAAGACUCCUUUCUUCAUAGGAUUGCUUUUGCUCCUUUGUCAAAGAUCAGUUAACUAUUGGUGUGGGUCUCUUUCUGGGAUCUACACUUGUUUUUGAGGUCAUAGCUCCAAGAAUAAUGACUAAAUUAUUGUUAAAUUUUCUUGCAUUUUAAAAAAUAAUUCAUCUGGUGACUUUUUACCCAGAAAUAGACCUACAACAAUAUAAUCAACUUAUCUUUGACAAAGACCAAAAGCAAUCCUAUGAAGAAAGGAGUCUUUCCAACAAAUGGUACUGGAGCAACUGGACACUCUAGUACUGAAAUUUUUGGAGGAGCCCUGGUGGCACAGUGGUUAAAGCACUUGGCUGCUAACCUAAAUAUCUGCAGUUUGAACCCACCAGCUGCUCUGCAGGAGAAAGAUGUGGCAGUCUGCUAUAAAGAUUUACAGCCUUGGCAGUUCUUCUCUGUCCUGUAGGUUUGCUUCGAAUCAGAAUCGAUUCAGUGAUAAUGGUUUUUUUUUUUUUUUGGAAUGCCCGAAAUCCAUUUUCUUUUUUAAAAUACUUUAUUUGUUGUUGCUAUUGAAGAUAUACACAAUAGAAAAUACACCAACUCAACAAUUUCUACAUGUACAACUCAUUGAACCUUUAAAAAAUUUUUUUCUAUGUACGUAUUUUUUAUUGUAUUCAGAUGAAGUUUUCAAGAACAAAUUAGUUUCUCAUUAAACAAUUAAUACACAUACUGUUUUGUGACAUUGGUUGCCAACCCCAUGACAUGUCAAUACUCUCCCCUUCUUGACCUUGGUUCCCCAUUACUAGCUUUCCUGUCCUUCCAGCCUUCUCAUCCUUGCUUCUGGGCUGGUGUGCCCGUGUGGUCUAGUUUUAUGAGCCUGUCUCAUCUUUGGCUGAAGGAUAAACCUCAGGAGUGAUUUAAAUACUGAGUUAAAAGGGUGUCCUAGGGCCAUACUCCUGGAGUUUCUCCAGUCUCUGUCAGACCAGUUAGUCUGUGUUUUUUUGGAAUUAGAAUUUUGCUCUAAAUUUAUCUCCAACUCUGUCCAGGACCCUCUAUUGUGAUCCCUGUCACAGCACUUGGUGGUAGUAGCCAGGCACCAUCUAGUUGUAUUGGACUCAGUCUGGUGGAGGCUGUGGUAGUUGUGGUCUGUUAGUCAUUUGAACUAAUCUUUCCCUUGUGUCUUUGGUUUCCUUCAUUCUUCCUUCCUCCAGGCUGGGUGUGACCAGUGGAGUAUCUUAGAUAGCUACUAACAAGCUUUUAAGACCUAGACACUACUCACCAAAGUAGGAUGUAAAACAUUUUCUUUAUAAACUGUGUUACACCAGUUGAGCUACAUGUCUCCUGAGACCAUCCAUGAUCUCCAGGACUCAGUCCAGUAAUUCGGUUCCUCAAGGAGUUUAGGUGUGUCUGUGAAGCUUCCAUGACCUUGCCUUGGUCAGGUUGUUCUGGCUUCCUCAGAAUUGUGUACUGCCUUACCCUUCACCAAAGUUACCACUUAUCUACUGUCUAGUUAGUAUUUUACCCUUCCCACUCCUCUCCUCCCUUGUAACCAUCAAAGAUUGUUUUUUUGUGUGUUUUUUAUGUGUAUACCUUUUCAUGCGUUUUUAUAAUAGUGGUCUCAGGCGGUAUUUGUCCUUUUGUGAUUAACUUAUUUCACUCAGCAUAAUGCCCUCCAGAUUCAUCCAUGUUGUAAGAUAUUUCACAGAUUCAUCAUUGUUCUUUACCAUUGGGUAGUAUUCCAUUGUAUGUACAUAUAAUUUGUUUAUCCAUUCAUCUGUUGAUGGGCACUUAGGUUGUUUCCAUCUUUUUGCUGUUGUGAAUAAUGCUGCAGUGAUCAUGGGUGUGCAUGUGUCUAUUCAUGUGAUGGCUCUUAUUUCUCUAGGACACAUUCCUAGAAGUGGGAUUGCUGGAUCAAGUGGUAUUUCUAUUUCUAGCUUUUUCAGGAAGCACCAUAUCAUUUUCUAAAAUGGUUGUAUCAUCUUGCGUUCCCAUUAGCAGUGCAUAGGAGUUCCAGGCUCUCCACAGCCUCUCCAACAUUUGUUGUUUUCUUACUUUUCUGAUUCGUGCCAGUAAUACCAGGGUGAGAUGGCAUCUCAUUGCAGUUUUGAUUUGCGGUUCUCUAAUGGCUAGUGAUCGAGAGCAUUUUCUCAUGUAUCUUCUAGCUGCCUGAAUGUCUUUUUUGAUGAAGUGUCUGUUCAUAUCCUUUGCCCAUUUUUUAAUUGGAUUAUUUGUCUUUUUGUUGUAGAGAUGUUGGAUUUUCCUGUAGAUUUUAGAGAUUAGAACUUUGUCAGAUUUGUCAUAGCCAGAAUUUUUUUUUUCCCAGUCUGUAGGUUCUCUUUUUACUCUUUUGGUGAAGUCUUUUGAUGAGCAUGAGUGUUUAAUUUUUAGAAGAUCCCAGUAAUCUAUCUUAUCUUCUGGUGUUUGUAUAUUGUUAGUUAUGGUUUGUAUGCUGUGUAUGCCAUAUAUUAGGGCCUCUAGCAUUUGCUUUAUUUUUUCUUCUAUGAUCUUUAGAGUUUUUGAUUUUAUAUUUAGGUCUUUGACCCAUUUUGAAUUAGUUUUUGUGUAUGGUGUGAGGUAUGGGUCCUGAUUCAUUUUUUUGCUGAUGGACAUCCAGUUUUGCCAGCACCAUUUGUUUAAAAGACUAUCUUUUCCCCCAUUUGAUGGACUUUGGGCCUGUGACCAUCAGGUGACCAUCGGUGGAUGGAUUUACAUCUGGGUUCUCAAUUCUGUUCCAUUGGUCAAUGUGUCUGUCAUUAUAACAUUACAAGGCUGUUUGACUACUGUAGCUGUAUAGUAGGUUCUGAGGUCAGGUAGUGCGAGCCCCCCUACUUCAGUAGUUCUUUACUUUUCUGGGGCCUCUUCCUUUUCCAUAUAAAGUUAAUGAUAAGCUUUUCCAUCUUGUUAAAGAAAGCUGUCAGUAUUUGGAUCAGGAUUGCAUUGUAUUUGUAGAUUGCUUUGGGUAGAAUUGACAUUUUCACAAUGUUGAGUCUACCUAUCCACGAGCAUAGUAUGUUUUUCCGUUUAUGUGAGUCUUUUUUGAUUUCUUGCAGUUGUGUUUUGUAGUUUUCUUUGUAUAGUUCUUUUACAUUCCUGAUUAGGUUUAUUCCUAAGUGUUUUAUUUUUUUAGGGGCUAUUAUGAAUGGUGUUGUUUUUCUGAUUUCCAUUUCAGUAGUUCUCUUUAUUGGUGUAUAGGAAUCCACCUGAUAUUUGUAUGUUUAUCUUGUAUCCUGCUCCUCUGCUGAAUCUAUUAGUUCCAGUAGUUUUCUCAUGGAGUUUUUUGGGUUCUGUAUAGUAUCAUAUCAUCUGCAGAUAGGGACAGUUUUACUUCUUCCUCACCAAUUUGGAUGCUCUUUAUUUCUUUUUCUUGCCUUAUUGCUCUAGGUAGGACUUCCAACACAAUGUUAAAUAGGAGUGGGGAUAAAGGGCAUCCCUGUCUUGUUCCUGUUUUCAAGGGGAAUGCUUUCAGCCUCUCUCCAUUAAGAACGAUGUUAGCUGUUGGUUUUGUAUAGAUGUCCUUUAUUAUGUUGAGGAAUUUCCCUUCUCUACCUAUAAUAUUGAGAGUAUUUUAUCAGGAAUGCAUGUUGGACUUUGUCAAAUGCCUUUUCUGCAUCGAUUGAGAUGAUACGGUUUUCUUUUAUUUUUGUAGUGGAUUACAUUGAUUGAUUUUCUAAUGUUGAACCAUCCUUGCAUACCUGGUAUGAAUCCCCCUUGGUUGUGGUGUAUUAUUUUUUUGACGUGAUGCUGAACUCUAACGGCUAGAAUUUUGUUAAGAAUUUUUGCAUCUAUAUUCAUGAGAGAUAUUGGCCUGUAAUUUUCUAUUUUUAAGAGUCUUUUCCUGGUUUGGUAUCAGGGUUAUGCUGGCUUCAUAGAAUGAAUUAGAAAUAUCGCUUCCUUUUGUAUGUUCUGAAAUAGUUUAAGUAGUACUGGUGCCAGCACUUCUCUGAAUGUUUGGUAGAAUUCUCCAGUGAAGCCCUCUGGGCCAGGUUUUUUUUUUGUUGUUAUCGUGAGUUUUUAUUACCUUUUCAAUCUCUUGUCUUCUUAUGGGUCUGUUCAGAUUUUCGACUUCAGUUUGUGUUAGUUUGGGUAGGUAAUGUAUUUGUACUAUUUCCUCUAGGUUUUCAAACUUCCUCUAGAUUUUCAAAUUUGAUGGAGUAUAGUUUUUCAUAGUACUCUGUUACAAUCGUUUUUAUUUCAGUUGAGUCUGUUGUAAUGUUCUCAUUUCAUUUCUUGUGUGGGUUAUCUGCAUCCUCUCCUGUUUUUCUUUUGUCAGUUUGUCCGAUGGUUUGUCAAUUUUGUGAUCCUUUCAAAGAACCAACUUUCGACUUUGUUGAUUCUGUUGUUUUUCUGUUCUUGAUUUCAUUUAUUUCUGAUCUGGUCUUUAUUAUUUCCUUUUUCUGGUGACUGUGGGCUUCUUUUCCUGUUCUCCUUCUAUUCGUUUGAGUUGUGUAACUAAUGUUUUGAUUUUGUCCCUUCUUUUUUGUUGUGUGUGUCUGUUCCUACAAAUUGGCCUCUGAGCACUGCCUUUGCUGUGUUCCAAAGGUUUUGGUAUGAUACGUUUUCAUUCUAGGGAUUUUUUAAAUUCCAUCUUUGAUUUCUUGUAUUACCCAUUGGUUUUUAAGCAGGAUGUUAUUCAGUUUCCAUGUAUUUGAUUUUUUUCCUUGAUUUUCCUAUCAUUAAUUUUUACUUUUAUGACAUUGUGAUCAGAAGAUACUUCAUAUUAUCUCAGUGUUUUGGAUUUUGUUGAGGGUUGCUUUGUGGCCUAAGAUGUGGUCUAUUCCGGAGAACACUCCAUGUGUGUUGGAAAAGAAUGUAUACUUUGCUGCUAUUUGGGGAAUGUUCUAUAUAUGUCUGUGAGGUCAAAUUGGUUGAUUAUGGCCUUUAGAUCUUCUAUAUCUUUGUUGAGUUUCUUUCUAGAUGUUCUGUCCUUUACUGAGAAUUGUGUGUUGAAAUCUCCUGUUAUUGUGGAACUUUCAAUUUCUCUUUUCAGUGCUGUUAGAGUUUAUGUAUUUUGGAGCCCUGUCAUUGAGUGCAUAGAUAUUAUGGUUAUGUCCUCAUGGUGAAUUUUCCCUUUAAUCAUUAUAUAAUGUCAUUCUUUUUCUUUUAUUUUGAAUUUUGUUUUAAAGUCUAUUUUAUCUGAGAUUAGUAAUGCCACUCCUGCUCUUUUUUGCUUGCUCUUUGCUUGGUAUAUUUUCGUCCUUUCUUUGAUUUUUGAUAUAUUUAUAUCUUGGUGUCUAAGGUGUGUCUCUUGUAGACAGCGUAUUGAUGGGUCCUCUUUUAUAUCCUGUCGCUCUCUGUCUCUUUAUUGGUGCAUUUAUGUCAUUUACAUUCAGUGUGACUAUUGAUAGGUGUGAGUUUAUUGGUGUUAUUUUGUAGUGCUGUUUUUGUUUUGCUGGCAUUUUGUUUCCUACUCUCCUGUGCUGAAUUCCUUUUGUGUGUGUGUGUGUGGAUUUUUUUUGCAUGUGUGUCUUUCCUUUUUGUAGAUUUUGUGUUUACUGAGACUUUAUUUUUUUCUUCUUUGUUUUGAUGUUUGUUAACUUUCUUUGUGGUUACCCUGAAAUUUACCAAUAUCUUCCUAAGUUUAAACUUAGUCUUUUUUUUAACCUUGCUUUGUUUUUUUGGAUUUCCCUGUCUGGGUUGACUUCUGGUUGCUCUGCCCAGUGUUCUAGUCUUGGGUUGAUACCUGAUAUUAUUGAUUUUCUAACCAAAGAACUCCCUUUAGUAUUUCUUAUAGUUUUGGUUUGGUUUUUACGAAUUCCCUCAACUUGUGUUUAUCUGGAAAUGUCUUAAUUUCACCUUCAUAUUUAAGAGACAGUUUCGAUGGAUAUGUAAUUCUUAGCAGGAAGGUUUUUUCCUUCAAUUUUUUAAAUAUGUCAUCCCAUUGCCUUCUUGCCUGCAUGGUUUCUGGCAGGUAGUCUGAGCUUAUUCUUAUUGGCUCUCCUUUGUAGGUGACUUUUCGUUUAUCCCUCACUGCUCUUGUAAUUCUCUCUUUAUCUUUGGUUUUGGCAAGCUUGAUUAUAACAUGUCUUGGUGACUUUCUUUUAAGAUCUACCUUAUGUGGAGUUCGAUGAGCAUCUUGGAUAGAUAUCUUCUCAUCUUUCACAAUAUCAGGGAAGUUUUCUGCCAACAAAUCUUCAACAAUUUUCUCUGUAUUUUCUGUUAUCCCUCCCUGUUCUGGUACUCCAGUCACUCAUAGGUUAUUUCUCUUGAUAGAGUCCCACAUGAUUCUUAAGGUUUCUUCAUUUUUUUUUUUAAUUCUUUUAUCUGAUUUUUCUUCAAAUAUUUUAGUGCCAAGUGAUUUAUCUUCGAGUUCAGAAAUUCUAGCUUCUACUUGCUCAAUUCUGCUCCUCUGACUGUCUAUUGAGUUAUCUAGUUCUGUAAUUUUAUUGUUAAUCUUCUGAAUUUCUGAUUGCUGUGUGUCUAUGGAUUUUUCCAGCUUAUUAAACUUUCAUUAUGUUCCUGAAUAAUUUUCUAAUUUCUUCGGUUGCUUUAUCUGUAUGUUCCUUGGCUUGUUCUGUAUGUUGCCUCAUUUCCUUCCUGAUGUCUUGAGGGUUCUGUAUAUUAAGCUUUUGUAUUCUGCAUCUGGUAAUUCCAGGAAUGCACUUUCAUCUAGAAGAUCCCUGGAUUCUUUGUUUUUAGAGCCUGUUGAGGUGAUCAUGGUCUGUUUCUUUAUGUGAGUUGACAUUGACUGUUGUCUCCGAGCCAUCUAUAAGUUAUUGUAUUAGUUUAUGCUUGCUUACUGUGUCAUAGCUGCUUGCUUUGUUUUUUUUUUGGUAUAACCCUAUGGGUUGCUUUAGUGAGCUAGCUUGAUUAUUUUCACCUUUGGAGCUCUGGUGUCCUGUCCCCAGCUGACUAGAGCUAUUAUCAGGUAUAUCAGUCUAAGAGUCCAUUCCGUUUUCUUGUAUGAAUUCAGCUCAGGUUUCCAGGUAGCUGAUAUCAAGUGUGUGGUACAGGCUCUGUCCUACAGUCUUAGAGGGGCAGGGGUGAUUGGUGUAUAUACCGGUAUCUGAUUGCAGCAGGGGGUCACGCUCUGAACAAGGCAGGGGGCUGAGAACCAACCCCCAAGUGUCUCUGAGGGAAAUGCGUCUCCGUUCCCUAGAGCGUGCUGGUGGGUGGGUUCUGCAGAGGGACCAUGGGCACCCAAAGUUUUUGGUUGUAAGGACUGGGAGAUACCAGUUAUCUUUGGACCCCUGUCGCGGGUGGCUGGGUGACCUGAGUGGAGCUGCCAGUCCUUUGGUCCCUGAUGUGGGUAGGUGAGGACCUUGUUUAAUAGGCAAAGCAAUGUCAAACGUCAAACACCCGCCUUUCCACCGCAGACAGCUGAAAUGGUUGGAGUUUGCCAACAAGGGCCUAUUCUCCCGAAAUAGGCCCACACAGGUCCAUGCAGAAGGGAAAGGUGCUCAAGGUCCAUGGACGGUUUAUGCCUAGAGAGGAGCCGCUUCUGUCCUGAGCUCCCCUGGUUAAUGGAGCUAGCAAAUUAUCUUUUCCCCCCAGUUGCAAAUUUUUUCCUUCUCCAAGGCUGGGAGGAUGGCUGUAGGUGCUCACUGAGGUCUAUCUCAGGCCCAGGGAUUCAGCCGCUGAAGCUGGCUUGGGUAAACCAGUCUUUUAUUACUUGACAUCACCUUGACUUCCUCUCCAUUUGAAAGUUCUAUACCUACACCGUUUAUUACCUCUUUUAUUGUUCUGACAUUGUUGUCAUUUACAUAUUGACCUCUCUAGUUCCCUACUGUAAAUUUUUUAGUUUUGAUUUAUCCUUGAGAGUGCAUUACCUAGGUUGGUAUCUGGGUGAUGCUGUCUUGAGUCAUAGAUUCAGACUGCUGUCUGAUGUUGGUCCUCUAACUGAAAGACUCCCUUUAAUAAUUCUUGUAAGUUUGGUUUGUUUUUUACAUAUUUCCUUAAUUUCUGUUUUUCUGGAAAUGUGCUAAUUUCAUCAUCAUAUUUUAGCGGGAGUUUUGCAGGAUAUAUUGUUGGUUGGCAGUGUUUUUCUUUCAAGGUUUUUUUAUAUAUAUCAUCCCACUGUCUUCUUGACUGUGUGGUUUCUGUUGAGUAAUCAGAGCUUAGUCUUAUUGUUUCCCCUCUAUACAUCACUUUUCAUUUUUCUCGAUCUGCUUUCAGGAUUCUUUGAUUUUAGCAAAUGUGAUGUCUUGGUGGUUUCCUUUUGAAGUCUAUACUAUAUGGGGUUCAUUGAGCUUUUGGAUGGUCAGCUUUUCAUCUUUCAUGAUAUUGGGGGAGUUUUCUGUCAGCAAUUCUUCAGUGAUCAUCUCUGUGGUUUCUGUUGUCUCCCCCUGUUCUGGAACUCUGAUCACAACCGGAUUUUUGCUUUUGAUUGUAUUUUACCUCACACUCAGGAUUUCUUCCUUUUUCUUUGUUGUUUUUGGUGAUUUUUCCUCAAAAUGGUAUCCAGGAAUUUGUCUUCAAUUUCUUUGUUUCUGUCUUCCAUUGCUUCAGAUUUGCUCCUAAAACCUCCUAAUGCACUGUCCAUGUCUGAAAUUUUUUUUUAUCAUUUGGAUUUCUAAUCGCUGUUUUUGCACGAUUGCUAGUUGUUUUAACAUUUUGUUUCUGUAUUAUUUUCCUGAAUUCUUCCAUUGCUUUAUCUGUCUUUUCCAUGAUUUUGUUUAUUUUUUCCUUAUUUUUGUCUGUAUUUUCCUUCAUCACCUGGAGAGCCAUGAAUAUUAGAGUUUUGAAUUCCCUAUGAGGUAGUUUCAGUCCCUUUUCUUCUACCUGAAGAUCAUCUGGUGUUUAAUUUUGAAUGCUUUCUGGAGCCAUCCUGUUCUGUUUUUUUAUGUUUUGGUAUUGUCUGGUGUCUUUGGAACAUUCAGGAAUUAUUUUCUUCAUUAAUUGACUGUAGAUUUGUUUGUUUCAUUCUGCUUUUUUUUUGUUGUAUUUGUUUAUAUCUGGGCAGGCAGGCUGGGCUUACUUUGUUGUUUGCUUGUCUGUGGGCAUGAUACUUCUCACCACCUUGUCCAGGUAGGCAGGGUUGGUUGCUCAGCUAUGGUGCAGCAGGGCAUGUGCAGUGGAGGGGGAGGAGUGGGUCAUUUGCAGCACAUACUGGGGCCAACAGGGUGGGAUUGGGGUCAGUGCAAGGUAGUGUCUGGUUCACUGCACCUGUGUUGCUCAGGGGUGUGGUGCUCAGCAUGCAAUGCAGGUAGGCAGGAGGGCAGGGGAAAGAUUUGAUGUGUGAAGCUAAGUGGGUGUGUGAAAGAAGAGAGAGAAACAGAAAAGAAAUGGUGCUGAGGGAGCCUCCCUAUGGGAUGGUGCGGAGCUGGGGAAGCUGGGUUUCAGUGACUUUCUAGCUGGGCAGUGUGGCACAGCCCAUCAAGAAGGCAUGGAGAUGGCACACAUGGGAGUGGUGGGCAGGAGGAAGGAAAGGAGAGAGAUUUAAAAAACAGACAAUGAUGGAGGCUGUUGGUGGGUUGGUGUGGGCUGAGGAAGCCAUAUGACAAUGGCUCUCUAGCUGAGCAAUGUGGCACAGCCCAUCAAGAAGGGGCUGUGACAGCACAUGUGGCUAGGUGGACAGAAGAAAAUAGAGGAAGGAAGGAAAAAACAAGAAACCAAUAAAAAAAAAAUGGCACUGAGGGGGCUCACCAGAGGGGUGAUGUGGACCAGGAAAGCUGUAAGCUAGUGGCUCCCCAUCCAGGCAGUGUGACUCAGCCUGUCAAGAAGGAGUGAAGAUGGCAUACAUGGCCAAGUGGGCAGGAGAAAGGAAAGGAAGGAAGGGAGGGACAAGAAACCGAGAAAGAGAAAAAAAAGUGGUGCUAAGGCGGCUCACCACUGAGGUGGUGCAAAGUGGGAAAGCCAUGAGCUGGUGGCUCCCCAGCUAGGUGGUGUGGCUGAACCCAUCAAGAAAGAACAGAGACAGGACAUGCAGCCAUGUGUGUAGGAGAAAGGGAAGAAAGGAAGAGAGACAGAGACAAGAGACCAAGAAAAGAAAAAUGGCGUAAAAGGAGCCCACUGGUAUGGUGGUGCAGACCGGGGAAGCCAUGUACCAGAAGCUCCCCAACCAGGUGUCAUGGCACAGCCCAUCAAGAAGGGGCAGAGAUGGCACAAGGCACCAGCUGGGUGGGAGAAAGGACAGGAAGUAGGUGAGAUAGAAGAAACAAAAACAAGCCAAAAAACAAUAAGAAGAAAAUGGAACUGAAGGUGCCCGCUGGUGAUGGGGUGAAUUCAAGUGGCAAGGCCCUGUCCGAGUGACUGCAGCCUGCUAGAAAGCGGCGGAGUCCAUGCAGAGGGAAGGAGGAUGGGAUGUGGGAAAGCAUGUAUCCCUGGUUACCGAGUGCUCUCUCCUGUUGGGUGCUCCAUGAAGUUGCCUUCCUGUACUCCCUGUCCGCCAUUCUUGGUGGCUGAGGGGUCCAAGAUGGUGAGUCCAUGCCUUGUUAACUGGUAGGGGUCCUCUGCUCCGUAGUUGUUCUCUGUUUCUUAUUCCAUUUGGUGCUUGAUUGAGUUCUUUAUCCCUUCCUAUGAUGUUUAGGUUUCCAGGAUUUACAUUUGUAUCUGUUUUACUUAGUUUUUCAGGUCUUUACUGUAGAAGUGUGGCAUGGUGCUUUUGUGUAUAACAAUGGGUUUUUAAGGGAAUGUUGAUUGAGGUGAUUUCAACCUAAUGUGAUUUCUCCAAAUAUUACUUGCAGAUCAAAAUAAGUAUUUAGAGUGCUCCUCAUAAAGAGAUUUUGCUUGUCCUGAAGAAAGAUGACUUCUCUGAGGAAUUAUUUUAGGGAAAUAAACCUGUGUAUGUUCAGGUAUAUUUGGAAUGUAUAUAUGUGUAUGCAUAGGUGUAUGUGUGUAUGUAUCUGUGUAUGUUUAUAUGAAAAUAAGUUUGUCAUUGACUUUAGAGUGUGUGGUGUAGCACCAAAUAUAAAGUAUUCAGGAGAUUAACAGAAAUGCACAGAAAAGCUCCAGGCAAAUAAUUUCAUUAAAUAUUUAUGCGCUUCAUAAAAGCUGAAGCUCCUCUAUACAUAAAUAUGCAGAAUAUCAAAUUACUUUUUUUUUGCAAAACCAGACCCUUUCAGAUAGACUCUGAGGUCCUCAGGUUAUCAGUUGAAAUGUAAGAUCAGGCAUGAAGUUCAUAGCCUGUCAAUUAAUGAUGCUUUUGAAAAAGACAGUCCCAGCUCUCCCACUGCCUGCCUCUUCUGGGGUAUGGAUAAGAAAAGUGAAGUUAAAGCAAGCCUUGUGUGGUUUGGAAUGUGGAUUUUUUAUCAAUUUGAAAUGAGAAGUAAGUACCUAAUGUAAAACAGUACUAUUUGACUACUAAACUGGUGAUUAUGUCCAAGCAUUCUACCCUGGAUGAAGGCACUCUUCACUAUCUGAUAUUCAUAUGCUCUCUUAAUGAAAUUUUGGGGCUGUAUACAUUCCCAGUUUAUUGUAAUUUAUUCAUUUUCCCUGAAAAAAUGAAUCCCAGGAAAACCUCUAGAAUUUCUUCUUUAAUCUUUUGUUUAUGUUUAAUUCAAAAGUCCACAAACAAUUAUGAUUAUCUCUUUUUUUCUAGGCACUGGGCUAGGUGCUGGGGAUGUGAAAAUGAAUGUCAAGGGGCCCUGCAUUAAAGGGUACAGUAUGAGAUUAGUGUUGACGAGGAGGAACACUUUUUCCUCAGAUAUAAUGUAAGAGAUUUUGAGGUGGUGGGAGACAGACACAUAACUGGAUAAUUGUAAUGCAGUGUGGUAAAUCCAGUCAUGGUCAUUUUACCAUGUGUUGGAUUACAGAGGAUACCUAAUCCAGUGUGGUCAGGAGGACAGGGAAGAGUUCCAAGAAGAGGUGAUGUCUGAGCUGAAUAAGAAUUGUUUACUGACAGUGAAGAUAGUGGGGGCACGUGAGACAUCUCAGGAAGGAUAGAAAGAAUAAGGGCAUGGGAAUCUCCAACAUUUACUGUUGGCUGGAGUGUGAAGCGUGAGGCAGAAAGUAAUAAAAAGGAAGCUAAAGAAGAAUUUACAGUCUUCAAUGCUGAGUUUAAAAGCUUAAAGUUCAUCUUGGUAGAUAUGAAGUAAGGGGAUGGAAUUGUCGGAAUUGCACCUUGGAUCACUCUGACAGCUGUAGGGAAAAGAGAUUUGAAAGGAACUGUUGUUAUUAUGCUGGGGGCUAUGCCACUGGUAUUUAAAAUACCAGCAGCAUCACCCAUGCUGGAAGGGUUUCAAUGGAUUUUCCAGACUAAGACAGACUGGGAAGAAAGGCCUGGAGGUCCACUUCUGAAAAUUAGCCAGUGAAAAUCCUACUAAUCACAACAGAACAUUGUUUGACAUAGAGCUGGAAGAUGAGCCUUCUAGGCUGAAAGGCACUCAACAAUGGAUUUGAGCAUACCAACAAUUGUGAAGAUGGCACAGGACCAGACAAUGCU